AUGCUUCCCACACCAGAUACUUCACAUGUGUCCUUUGACACCAUAUACGAGCCAUCUGAGGACUCAUACCUCUUUCUAGACACAUUAUCAUCGGCAUCUGAAUCAAAAUGGCUCUCUGAACGAUUCCCAAAGAACCAAGAAGCAUCACCACUAGUCGUCGAAGUAGGCACAGGCUCUGGUGUUGUGCUAGCCUUCACAGCCGCACAGUCUCAACAGAUCUUCGGCCGACGUGAUAUUCUCACACUAGGAACUGAUGUGAACCGCAAUGCUUGCAUCGCUACGCUGAAGACCGCAACGACAGCCAUUGAGGCUGAACAGCAGCCAUCGCAAUCAGUGCACAUAUCUUCAUUGACAGCCGAUCUUUGUGCACCUCUUCGCCCUGGCUGCGUUGAUGUGCUCCUUUUCAACCCACCUUAUGUUCCGACUGAGGAUCUACCGCGUCUGCCUUCUGCGGCGGAAAAUGACCCUGCUGUUUCAGAGGCCAUGUCUCGCUCUGCUAAGUUUGAUAAUGACUCGUACUUUUUGUCAUUGACCUAUGCUGGCGGGGCGGAUGGUAUGGAAACUACGGAUAGGCUGCUUGAUGCUAUUCCUGGCGUGUUGUCAGUACGUGGUGUGGCUUAUGUCUUACUUUGUAAGCAGAACCGGCCUGAUGAGGUUAUGAAGCGCAUCCGUGGCUGGGGUGGUUGGCAGGCUGAGACAGCGGGGUCGAGUGGCAUGCAGGCUGGAUGGGAGAAAUUGAUUAUUGUGAGGAUAUGGAGAAAGGACAGCUCAUGA